AUGCUCCUCGUCAGCCUCGCGGUUGCUGACAAUCAGGAUCGUAAGCGGGACGGCACGGGUAACCAGGACCGCGACAGGAAGCGCGACGGCUCGUGCGCCAAAUCCGGCACGUGCAGCGGCGGCAAGAACGACGGCAACCCCGGUGGUCGCGGCGGCAAUGGCGCUGGGAGGGGGAAUCAGGGGAAGAAAGGCACGGGGACUUGCAACAAGAGCGGCAGCGCGAGUUGCGACGGCAGCGGGCGGAAGAACGCGGUGAUGGCGAGCUCGAAUGCUGCGGUGGCGGCUGCUGACGUGGACGUGCAGGCGUGUGACGGGGCGAAGCAGGCGGGGAAGCUGAUGAGCGGAUUGUGGAAGAGCGGAUUCAACAAGUUCGCGGCGGCGCUGCAGCAGACAGGUGCGCUGUGCGCCACUGCUGGCACUGUCCCUCUCCCUCUCCCUCUCCCUCUUGUCUCACCUGCCAUCUCACCGCCAUUUCCAUGCCUGGCGGCGGAGUUCCCGGAGGUGAUGUGUGCGGGCGGGGUGACGCUGCUGGCCAUCCCCGACGCGCCCAUGGGGCAGCUGCCCCCUUCAGUGCGAGGGGACCCGGUGAUGCUGAGGGAGCAGCUGCUGCUGCACGUCGUCAAAGGCGCCCGCCCCUACUCCCGCAUGCAGGCGCGCGGCAAGAACUACAAGGUGAGAAGCAAGCACCACUGGCGUACAUUCAACACCAAAUUUCAGCACCACUGGCAAGCACCUUUGUUUGUGUGCCGCUCUUUUUCUGACAACAAUCCCUCGCCCUGUUCUCUCCCCCGUUGCCCACCUCUCUCCUUUCCAAACCCACUCUCUCCCCAACCUCUCGCCCCUCUCUCCCAAACCCCACUCUCGCGCCCGCAGUUCGCCUGUGCGGCGGGGGCGGGGGCAGGGCGGCUGGUGAAGGCGAGCCAGGGCAGCGCGGCGCUGGUGCUGCGAGUGGGCAGGGGGUGGGGGCAGGCAGCAGCCGUGACGCGCCCCGAUGCCUUCCGGUGCACGGGGGGGGCGGUGCACGGAGUGAACUGCGCGCUGGGCUUGGGGCGCAUGGGCAGGCCGGGCAGGCGCGUGCCUCUGGGGCAGUGCUUGCGCAACAGCAGGGAUGAGGAUGAUGACUAG